AUGCAGCCACUCCACAUCAAGAAUAUCACCCCCGAUGCCUUCAGUGACGUUUUGUCACGAUACCCUGCAAUGGUACCCGAGAAGCUACGCGACCUAGACGCGCAACGCUAUGACACCAUUCCUGCGGCAGUAGCUGCAAUGGAGGGUGAAAAACACUUGACAAAGGAUCAAGUUGAGAAACUUGUUGAGUGGAAACUGAAACACGGAACGUUUCGUCCCGCCUUGUUAAGCCUGGUCCAAAGCAACACACCCGAGGUAAUUGAAGAUACGACAAAAAAGGCCUGCGCAGUAUUAUGGAAGAGCAAAAAGUCCCACCCAGACGCCAUUCCUGCGCUAAAGAUCCUUGUGGGGCUGAAGGGUGUAGGUCCAGCAACCGCAUCUCUGCUUCUCUCCGUUCUCCAGCCUGCGGAAAUUCCGUUCUUUUCCGAUGAACUAUUUCGAUGGUGCGUUUGGGAUGAGGAAGUAGGAGGUGCAAAAGAAGGCAAAGGCUGGCAGAGGAAGAUCAGGUAUAAUCUCAAGGAGUAUGAUAUGUUGCUUGAGCGCGUGAAGAAACUAGGACCGAGACUGCGUCAAGAGCUUGGACAGAAGGAUACUACAGCAAGCGCGAUGGAUAUUGAGAGAGUAGCUUGGGUUUUGGGGAAGGAAGGCGUUGACGUUGGUGUGCAGGAUGAUGAAGGUGUGGAUGAAGGAACGCAGGUGGACGAGAAAAAGGAGAAGCAUGAAGACGAGAAAGAAAAGAAGGAGGAGUGGGAGCAGGACGUACCAGCAACGAAAGAGAACGAUGGUGACGAGGAAAAGGUGAAGAAGUUGGCGGCAAAGAAGGGCGUGAAGCGCAAAGCAUCUGAAGCAAAACAACCUACUGAAGGUACUCGCAGAAGUAUGAGAACGAGAAAGUAG